CGCUGGCGGAGGUAGUUCCCGGCGGUGCGGGGGGCGCGGCGGCAGCAGCAUCCCAACCGAGACCCUCCUCCCUUCCUCGGCCGAGACAGCAGCCCGAUGACCCUGAACGGCGGGGAGCCGCUGCGGCAGCUGUCGAGGCGGCGGGGCAGCACGCCGUUCCCGCUGCCGCCGCCGCAGCCGCUGCACCGGCGCAGCAUGCCCGUGGACGAGCGCGACCUUCGCGGCGCGCUGCCGCCCGGCGAGCUGUCGGGGCUGGUGCGCUGCACCUCGUACAGCCCCGGCGAGCCGCUCCGGCAGAGCUGGACCUCCGACUCCUCCGACUCCGUCACCUCCUCGGGCAGCGACUCGGACGGCAGUCUCUACAAGGUGAUCCUGCUGGGCGAGCACGGCGUGGGCAAGACCAGCCUGGCGCGCAUCUUCGGCGGCGUGGAGGACGGCGCGGAUGCCGAGGAGGCGGGAAAUACGUACGACAGGUCCAUAAUUGUUGACGGAGAAGAAGCAUCUCUCGUGGUGUUUGAUAUCUGGGAGCAGGAUGACAGCCAAUGGCUUCAGAACCACUGUAUGAAAAUGGGAGACGCCUAUAUUAUCGUAUAUUCAGUGACAGACAAAGUCAGUUUUGAAAAGGCCUCUGAGCUAAGAAUCCAGCUAAGAAGAGCAAGGCAAACAGAAGACAUUCCUAUUAUUCUUGUGGGCAAUAAAAGCGACCUGGUCAGGUCCCGGGAAGUCUCGGUUGAUGAGGGACGGGCCUGUGCCGUUGUGUUCGACUGCAAAUUCAUUGAGACCUCAGCUGCUCUUCAUCAUAAUGUCAAGGACCUGUUUGAAGGUAUUGUUCGGCAAAUUAGAUUGCGCAAGGACAGUAAAGAAGACAAUGCCAGGAGAAUGGCCAACACGAAAAGAAGAGAAAGCAUAGGCAAAAAGGCAAAGCGAUUCCUUGGGAGAAUUGUGGCGAAGAACAACAAGAAGAUGGCUUUCAAAGCAAAAUCAAAGUCUUGCCAUGACUUAUCUGUGCUUUAGAUACAUUCAGCAAGACCAGAUGUUGCACAUGGCUGACGAACAAGUAUUUGACUGUUAUGAGAAGUGUGUGGAUGAUCCUCAUGGUGAUAACAAGAAUGACUUAUCAACUGAGACUCAUUAAAUGCCUUAAGGUGCACAAGCAAGUCUGGAAGCUACACUACAAUGUCUGCUUCUUUGAUAAAAGGUUUAAGUUGCAAUGCGUGCGAGUAAAUGAACUCACUUCAAUUAAGUGACUCGAGAUGCCCACGAUUACACUGUGUACAUAUGUUAUAUUUCCUCUUGUCCUGUGGAUACCAGAGAUGCAAAGAUAAAGGAGGAUGAUGAGUAUCACCAUAGACUUGUCUCGUUUGCAGAGCAAAACGUAAACUUGUACGCAGGCUCGUACAUUCUUUUUAGUAUAAAACAAGCAAUGAUAAAUCUUUUUAAACUUAAAUGUGGGGAGGGGGGAGUAGAGCCAUGUUAGAGUGGGAGAAAACAAAUUAUAUAGUUAAAUGCAGAACAGAUAUCAUUUUAUGAAGUUAAUUUGCACUUCCAUUAACUGUUAUUCAAUUAAUUUGUUACUUGUUUACAUGCAGAUUUUAUAAUAAAGUAUUAUUUCCUG